AUGUGCGAGACCCCGCUGGCUGCUAAGUUUUUUCCGGGGGAUCCUCCGAACCACGGGAUGGACAAUCUCUGGCAGGAAGAGGCGCUGGACGAACUCAUCCGACGCAAGCUGGUGGAGAUGGGUCGCAAAACCGAAUACGAAGUGAAGCACAUGCACGUCCACAGCCUCCGAGACGCGCUGAGGGGCUUCGACAUUGUUGUACGAGGAGAGCUAGAGAGUGCAUCGAAGGAGAAGGCGGUAGCAAGGAAACAGGCCGACACCGAAGACGCCAAACAUGAUACCGCCAACAACGAGGAUGGUGCCCCGAAGACCGCGAUCAAGCAGCGCCAGGAUUCUCUCAAGAUUUACGGUGGGGAAGAAGGCCAACAGGACCGCGGGGAAAAGAUGAUGCCGAACCACCCGGAGUCUAGAGUGCAGACCAUCUGGGAGAUGAUGACAUGGAUCACGGCCCAUUCGCCCAAGCCCAUGGAAAACAUAUGGUACGAGUCGAAGGAGCUGAUGAUGACGCUGCACGAAAUCUCGGGACAGAACGCCAGGGGGGCCGUGUGGCCUUCAUUCCCUGGCAUCGAGAGUUGGUUUCGUAUCGCGAAAGACAUCGCUCGUCAGCGGGACUCGCCCCUUCUACUGAGCGUGUUCGAGUUCAAGCGGUUCGCGCUGCGAAUUGCGUCAUCGUCGGCCCUAUUAGCGUACAACCCUGGCGAGUACGACAAUUUAGUCACGUCGGUGUACAAUCUGGGGAUCUUGGCGCGGUGGACACACGGGUGGUCCGGGCGCCUGUCGUGCUACUCUGCCUUGUGGACGCCGGGCAACGUGGGCAUGGCGCUCCUGGGCGGGCUGACGCUGCUCGUGAUCCGCAAGAACGUCGUCACUGACUCUGUACGCUGCCUCCUUGUAGGCAUGGCGUCGGAUACCAUCAUGGGGCGGUAUUUGCCGGACAAGGUCCGCGCUGCCAGGACCAAAGAGCUCGCCUAUAGGUACUCCAACAACAAGGGCAAGACGUGCCGCGGCAGCGGCGUCAAGUGCGUGCGCAAGGCAUGUGUGAAGCUCGGGCUCCCGCCUUCGGCAAGCCAGCUCGACGGCGCGGUGGCGUUCGCGGUGGGGUGGGCAAUGGAGGCCAUCGAAGGCCUGCCGGGCAACCAGGCCCCAAGGGACGGUAUUUUAGCAUGAACAAGCAAUGUGGUGGCACUGGUUGGCUCGUGGAGUUGUGUGUUUGGGGGGAGGGGUCGGUGAUUGCAUCACUUUCGAGGACGUACACAUCGACUAUUAACACUUGUGGCGUAGAUGCUGAUCCACCGUUCCACCGUUGCAAACCCUACGCAAGGAUUCAAUUCUUGCGGAGCGCCAAUCACUGUUCUUGUGAAACGGCGGUCAAGAAGUUCUGACGAAAUGAAGGUGCAGUAGACAACGAUCGAAGAACUCGAUAGGAAAAGGAACGGAGUUGAUCAACGACUGCCAUAUCCGCACAUUGGGGUUAUUGCUUUCUUACGGACUUGUCUUUGUCGUUUGUUUGGUUGUGGUUUGUUUUUGAGGUGCCUGUUAGCCAGGUCGCGUUUUACCUGCGAACCCGGUGCCUGAGAGUCUCAGGAAAAACGUGCUUCUGGUCGCGUUUUAUCUGCGAACUGGGCACCAUGCACUGUUUCUAGAGAGGAGAGGCGCGUUGUUUUUCUGGAGGGUUAGAGGGUUGUAUUUGGAUUGCCGAUUGGCAUGGCAUUGGACUUUGAGCGGGACACUGCUAUAAUAGUUAUACCGCUGUCGAAAAACAUGGGGGGGGGACGUGAUACCAUGGUUCCCGCCGCGGAACAUCAAGCAGCGUUUCAACUAACAUGAGCUUAUUGGUAUUUGAUUAUUGGAUUGGGUUUUCGCUUGUUCUGGAAGGAUG